CCCCAGCCCGUUUUCCACCGCUCACCCCUCCCUCUCCGCCUGCUCACCUCUUCGCUCUUCUCGCACUCACUCUUUCUCUUCUCACACCUUUUUACCUGCUGCUGCGCCUUACCAGGCCAUGAUGGAAAAGGUGCAAGGCACCUUUCCCUGGUCUUGGUCUGCGCCAUCAGAACCUAUGUCUGCAUACCGGUCUAAUGCACAAGUUGCAGCCUUAGUCAUUGGUCUCACUCAGAUGACAUCCACCGUCGACUGCCAGAGGUCCCACUGCUGCCUUAGACGGUUCUCUACCAAUUGCCUAUCCUAUAAGGUCGUGAUGCCUUCGCUCCUUUCCAUUUCCCCAUCCCUAGUCUACUCCAGUAUAAGUCAUCACGAACACACUCACUUGGGUUCCCUUUCCUAUUUCCUAUUUCUGCCUUGUUCCCCUUGCUUCUCUGCAUACCUGGCAGCGUUCAGUCUCUCUGAUCAAUCAAGUCGAUAACCCCCCCAACCAAACAACCAGCAACACACACUUCCUCGAGAGAUAAAGUCGUCCAC